GCGUCCGGCCAAGCCGACCGUGGUCCGCGCGGGCCGGGGGAGGCUCGAGCUCGGACGGCGGCGGAGGCCCCGGGGCCGGUCCUCCAUCAGCCGUAUCUACACUUUCCUAAGGCAUCAGAAAAUGAGCCAGUCACAGGGCCCAGUGUCAUUCAAGGAUGUGGCUGUGGCCUUCACCCAGGAGGAGUGGCAGCAGCUGGACUCUGAGGAGAAGACAACGUACAGGGACGUGAUGCUGGAGACCUACAGCAACCUCGUCUCCGUGGGGUUUGAUGUUACAAAACCAACUGUCAUCAUUAAAUUGGAGCAGGGAGAAGAGCCAUGGACAGCGGAAGGUGAUGUCCCCUCUCAGAACUGUACAGAAAUCUGGCCAGUUGAUGACCUGAAAGAGAGAAUCCAGGAAAAUAAAGACAAACCUUCAAGGGAACUUGAUGAUGUCAGCAGCCAACCAGCAGAGAGAGGGUGUGAUGGAGUGUUCAGUGUGGGUCCACACCUUGUUUCUUCAAGCAUGAAAGCACACAGCUGUGUCCCCUGUGGCAAGAGUUUGCAAUCCAUUUCAGAAUUGAUUAGUAGCGAUGGAAGCUAUACAAGAAGGAAACUCAGUGAGUGUAUAGAGUGUGGCAAAACAUAUGGAGAGAAACCCUGUGAGUAUAACGAAAAUGAAGAUGUCUGUUCUCAAAGUGAUGAAACUAUUCUGCAGAAAAUGAACAUUUUGGAGAAACCUUUUGAGUGUGAGUGCAUGGAUGCCUUAGAUGAUGAAGCCGUCUUCAUUACUCAUGAGAGGGCUUACAUGAGUGAGGAACCCUACGAGUGGAAUGACUCUGGACCAGACUUCAUCCAGAUAUCAGAUUUUGAUGCAUUUCAGAGCUCACAAAUGGAAAUGAAGCCCUUUGAAUGCACAGAAUGUGGGAAAUCCUUCUAUAAAAAGUCCAAAUUCAUCAUUCAUCAGCGAGCUCACACAGGAGAGAAGCCUUAUGAAUGUAAUGUGUGUGGGAAGUCUUUCAGUCAAAAGGGAACUCUCACUGUACAUCGGAGGUCUCACUUAGAGGAGAAACCCUAUAAGUGUAAUGAGUGUGAGAAAACCUUCUGUCAAAAGUUACACCUCACUCAGCAUCUGAGAACUCACUCAGGAGAGAAGCCCUAUGAAUGUAGUGAGUGUGGGAAAACCUUCUGCCAAAAGACACAUCUCACCCUACACCAGAGAAAUCAUUCAGGGGAGAGACCCUAUCCAUGCAAUGAAUGUGGGAAGUCUUUUUCCCGCAGGUCAGCCCUCAGUGACCAUCAAAGAACUCACACAGGAGAGAAACUUCACCAAUGUACUGAGUGUGGGAAGUCCUACUACCGAAAAUCCACCCUUAUUACACACCAGAGAACACACACAGGAGAGAAGCCCUAUCAGUGUAGUGAGUGUGGGAAAUUCUUUUCUCGGGUGUCAUACCUCACGAUACAUUAUAGAAGUCAUUUAGAAGAGAAGCCCUACGAAUGCACUGAAUGUGGCAAAACCUUCAAUUUAAACUCAGCCUUCAUUAGGCAUCGGAAGGUACAUGCAGAGGAGACGCUUCAAGAGUGUAGUGAAUGUGGAAAGUUCUCCCAGCUUCCCUAUCUCCCUGACCAUACAAGCGAUGCCGAAGAGAAACCCUAUGAAUGUAAUGAGUGUGGGAAAACCUUCCUUGAGAAUUCAGCCUUCAGUGAACACCAGCCCCUUCCAGAAGGGGAAAAAACUUACGAAUGUAAUAUAUGUGGAAAGUCAUUCUCUGACUUGUCAUUCUAUACUGUACAUUACAGAAGUCACUCAGAAGAUAAACCCUUUGGGUGUAAUGAAUGUGGGAAAACCUUUGCCCAUAAUUCAUCCCUCUUUAGACAUCAAAGGGUGCACACAGGCGAGAAGCCCUAUGAAUGCUUUGAAUGUGGAAAGUUCUUCUCUCAGAAGUCAUAUCUCACUAUUCAUCAUCGGAUUCAUUCAGGAGAGAAGCCCUAUGAAUGUAGCAAGUGUGGGAAAGUCUUCUCCCGGAUGUCCAACCUCACUGUACACUACAGAAGCCAUUCAGGAGAGAAACCCUACGAAUGUAAUGAGUGUGGGAAAGUCUUUUCUCAGAAGUCAUACCUCACUGUGCAUUACAGAACUCAUUCAGGAGAGAAACCUUACGAAUGUAAUGAGUGUGGGAAAAAAUUCCACCACAGAUCAGCCUUCAAUAGCCAUCAGAGAAUUCAUAAGAGAGGCAAUGCAAAUGUACGCAGUGUGGAAAAUCUCUGAGGUCUCAGUUUAUAGAAAACUGGUGACAAUUUGGCAAGUCCAAUAUUCAUUUUUAAUUUUUUUUAUUUUUAGUUUUAAUUUUUUGUGGUGCUUGGGGUUGAAGGUAGGGCUUUGCAUUUGCGAGGCCCAACACUUACCAUUGGACUACAUCCCAGUGAUUCUUCAUCUAAGCAUGUGAAUUCCUCAGUCGGCAGAAGCACUAAGACAUGAGCUCUGUUUAUGGCAGUUUUCAAUGUUGAAUCUCUAAGAGUGCAUCCAGAAGCAAACCCUUCAGGUCCAUGCAAUGCAUGGCUAGAUACCCAUACAUAAGUGUUUAAUAUUUAUUUUGGAUUCAAAUUGUAUUUACAUAUCAGGGAAUCAUGCUAAGAAAUCUCAAGAUGAAUGUGUAACACAUCUUUAAAAAAUGUUAAGCUAAAAGCCAUAUUUCUGAAGUAAAGCAUUUAUAAAAUCUCAAGAAGCUAGCUGGGCAUGGUGGCCUUUAAUCCCAGCACUCGGGAGGCAGAGGUAGGAGGAUCACCAAGAGUUCGAGGCCUCCCUGAGACUGCAUAGUGAAUUCCAGGUCAGCCUGAGCUAGAGUAAGACCCUACCUUGGGGGGGAAAAAUGCAAGAAGCUAUCGGUUCUGGAUCUUCAUUACAUGAAGUUUUAGAAUCAAGAACAGAAGCAUUGCAUAAAUAUGUGGCAUUUUUUCAUGUUUUAGAAAUGCCAUCUAAUAGUAAUUCUAUGCAAUUUUUUCCAAUUUUGGAUUUGAAUAAUUUGUGAAAAAAACACGAUUCUCUCUUGAGUAUAAGAAUAGCAAAAUGUACACACAAGGUACAUUGUUAGUUAAAUGUGUUGUAAAAUGGGAAAGUACAUGGUUUUCUAUUUAGAGGAUUUUACAAAUGGAUUGUUUUCUGUGUGUGUAACUGCCUCAUCAGUGAAGAGUGGGUUUUUUUUUUUUUUUUGGUAAAAUUUUCAAGUGCAUAUGAUAAAGUACUAUUUUGAUAAACUGUGCAGACAUGAUUUGAAAUUAAGGCGUAAGUCCCUUCAGUGAAAGAAGGUGGACUGCCCCACUCAUGUUCUUUGUGGAGCUCCACAGCUCUCUUACAUCCCAGUUUCCCAUCCCACAGAUUGUGUGUGCAGAGCACUGGUUAAUAUCAUUCAGAAAUUUACCUGAACUUGUCACAUCACUUUCAUUUAUUGCCCCUUAGUCACGAAGUAGGUGUCUUGUCACUAGCUGCUUGAUUGACAUAAUAUCCUUCCUCCCAUCAUGCCUUGCUGGCAGAAUUUGGCUACCUACCAUUUCUUCAUGUACAGUGAAUCCUAGGUAGUUUAAACACCAAUGAUAAUUUCAUUCUGUUUGUCAAAACAGCAGCUCCUUGUUCUCCACAGGGGAUAGGUUAUAAGACCCCAGUGGAUUCCUGCAAUUGUAUAGUUCUGGCCUGUAGGUUAACACUCCAUAUGAUAACUGAGGUAGCUGCUGAGGGCAGGCAGGCUGUGCGUGCCCUGGGCGCACUCAACAAAGAUGCUGCACAUCCAAGGUGGGAUUGCAGCUGCACUGUGCAAUCUGAUGUGCGACUGACGACAUUAACUGAGGCCUUAGUGGUAAAGCACUGGCCUAGCAAGUCUGUGGUGCUGGGCUUGAUUCCCAGCACUGCACAGUGGACAAUCUAUGACUUGUUUUCUUCUGAAAUUUUCUGUCAGGUGUGUCUGGGCCAUGACUGACACCCAGAUAAACUGCAGAAAGUGAGGGUGCAGUUGAGGAGCACUGUGACAUAAGGACUGGCUGGGCAUCAACAGUCCUGGCCAGACCAAACAGCUGGAUUUGUUCUGUAAAAUGGCAGCCGAAUGAGUCCUACUCCAAGAAUGCAGGGAGAUAAAUACUCAAAAGUCACAUUUGAUCACAUAAAGAUAGGUAUUUAUACAGAAAAUGGGGUUAAAUUGGUUUCUGUAGGUAAGCUUGGCAAACUAUGGAGAUGAACUUCCUUGGUUGGAUAAAGGGUAACAAACUACAACCAGCAGCAUACAGAAUGGAGCAAUUUUGGAAGGAUUCUUACAAUCAAAAGAUAAUAGCCACUAUCACUAACUUCAUGCAACAUCAUCAUAUACUUCCAAUGAAAAUAAGGAAAAGAGGAAAUGCAUAAGAAUUGGGAAAAGCGUGUUCAGCAAAAAGCCUAGAAAAAUGGACACUUUAAAAGCUGUCAUUGCAAAACAUCUUCAAGGGUCUAAGGAAGAACAUGAUGUGUUUUCGAGAACUUUAAAAAUAAGCAUAACACAUUGAGGUGGAUAUAUCUUGUCUGUGAAGUUCAAGAUACCUGGUAGAGGACAUGCUGGGAUCCAAAAGGAAGUCACUUUCUCUUAACUCCUAUGCAACGCAGUCUUAAAUUUCUAGCAAAUUCUGUAAUGGAAAUUAGCAACUAAUUCUAAAGUUUCUGUACACACUCAAAAGCUUGGUGAUUGUACCAGUUUGUAAAACGGAAUUGCAUUAUGGCAACUCACGUCUGACCCUAGCACUUGGGAGGCAGAGGCAGGAGGAUUGGCAUGAAUCCACCGGAUGAAAGAGUGAGACUGUUAAGAAAAAUGAUAACGAUUUAUAGCUCAAGAUAGCAGGGCCUGUGGUAAAACUGCAAAUUACGGCACAAUGAUAUAAUUGGCCAGUGAAACACCUACAGAGAUCCCAGAAAUAAUCACUGCUGAGCCAAUUGUGUAAGUUAACUAGAUGGAUUGCAUAUCUAAAUAUGAGGUGUUAUGUGAAGCACAGAUUUAAAACCUCAGUGCAAACCAAGUUUUCUCAAUUUCUGUGUGACAGGAAACUUCUUGGCUGUACUAACUUGAUGCACUGCUGUUUAUCAGGCACCAUUUAAGAAGUGGGGGAGGGCACACAAUGAGAAGAUGGCUAGGCACGGGCCAAGCGUGGUGGUGCACGCCUUUAAUCCCAGCACUUGGGAGGCAGAGGUAGGAGGAUCACCAAGAGUUCAAGACCACCCAAAGACUCCAUAGUGAAUUCCAGGUCAGCCUGGGCUAGAGUGAGACCCUACCUCAAAAAACAAAAAUAAAAUGAUGGCUAAGCAGUUCAAGGUGCUUGCUCCCAAAUCCCUCAAGCCUGGGUUCAAUUCCCAAGCCUCCCACAUAAGCUAGACACAAAAAGCGGUGCAAACAUCAGGCAUUCGUUUACCAAUGGCAGGGGGCCUUGGCAUAGCCAUGCAUGCACAUUUAUAGGUCUAUUUAAAAGUCAGUAGUUAACCAGGAGGAGCUGAGGCUAUUUGCAGUUGAUGUAUUUGAGUGCAGAAAAGGCAUUGCCAAGCUAUGUCGGUAACUAUUUGGGCCUUUGUCCUGUCCCAGCUGCCCAGCACUGCAGUAAAGCAGUCACACACAGAUGUCCACGGAUAUUUCCCAUUCGACCUUCAGUCACAAGCACAGAGUGGUCCGUCUGGCCUGCAAUUCAUCGUCUUCUGGUGCUUGACGUGAAAUAUAUAAAGAACACCUCCAAGCCAGCAAGUGGGGAGAUGAGUAACAGAUUAGGUCGCCCACUUCACAGCAGUGGUCCAUAUAUAGGCAACGAGGAUGCAAAGGGUUUAGUAAUCGGGGACAUGCUGGUUUAAAACCCACCCUCUGAAAUACCGAAGUUUAUGAAAAACACUUUGACAAGACGAACCCAACCGGAGGAACUCUAGCAUGCGUGUAAUUGCUGGAUGAUGACUCGUGGGGAAGCUGGCACUUGACGUGUGUAACCUUUAACUCAAACCAGGCCAAGGCGCUGUGUGUAUGAAAGUGCCCAGACCUGCAGUGGGACGAGAACUGUGGGUUGAAUGUGUAGUGGGACGAGUAAGCUCACAUCCCACUGCAGGUCCCACCAGACGAGGGGACCCCGUGAGCUACAGUCCCCACGGCAGUGAUUCUGCGAGAAGCGUGACAGACAGAACUCUAAUGCAGCUAGACAGUACAGCAUUUAGUUGUAGCCAGCGCUUAGACAGUUAUGUAUCUGAUUCUGGUCAUAAAUUCUUUAAUUUGGGUGCUGAUUAUCUUGAGUGUGUUCUGAGCUGUGUACUUAAAAAUACGUGUAUUUUUCUGCAUGUAUAUUACACUUUGUUAAAAGAGGAUUUUUAAGAUCACAAAUGACUAAUGCUUAGUUAACACAGCUUAUUUUUCUAGAUGUAUAUCCAUAGAUUGUGUAAUAGGAAUGGUGAGUUUUCAUAACCGCCCAGGAAGCACUCUGUUAUUCUUAGUGUUGUCCCUUAAAGCUGGCCGUAAUGUAUAUUUAAGUAAAUUAUUUCAGAAGGUCAAAGGACCAUCACAUAUUUUGUUGCCCCACCGUUUUGAGUAUAUAUAAGUGGGUUUGGUGCAUAUCAACAGUCUAAGCUGCCUACAAUAAAGAAGCUUGUGUGCAUUGCUUCAUA